AUGGCAACUGAAAGAAUCAAUGGUAAGCAGGGUCACUUUCAUGGAAAACUUUCACAGUGGCAGAAGAGGGCUGAUGACCACAAGGAGAAGCAACUCAUAAAUCCAUUCUCUGAGUGGGACAGAGUAUCACCCAGACCAGUCAUCAGCAAGGAUGAUCCAAACUAUGGCCGUCCGGUGGAGGGAUCAUUGACAGAACAUAGGGGGAAGCAAGCACAUAAGCAUAUUAGUAAUGCCAUCGUGGAGCUGUGCCAGAUUAUCUGUUCAUUAGGAGACCCCAAUCCUGAUGGAACCCACAGCAUUACCUUUGGGCGACUGUUUUUGGCUUACACGAGAAUCUCCGACACUGUGGUGGGACUGUUGAUCAGGGGCAGGAAAUAUGGCUUUGUGCAGUUUGAGGGCGAGAUGCUGUACCAGCGCCAAGAUGACAAUGUUGUCAUUACAUGUCUGCAAGUUCCUGAAUCUGUUUGA